AUGGCAGCCUCCCGCCUGGACUUUGGGGAGGUGGAAACUUUCCUGGACGGGCACCCAGAGUUAUUUGAAGAUUACUUGAUGCGGAAAGGGAAGCAGGAGAUGGUCGAGAAGUGGCUGCAGAGGCACAGUCAGGGUCAGGGGGCAUUAGGCCCAAGGCCCGCAUUGGCUGGCACGAGCAGCUUGGCUCACGGUACCGACAAAGGUGGAAGCAGUGUUGGCGGUAGCACUGGACCAAAUGGCUCUGCCAACAGACAGCCCACUCCUGGUGGCGGGGACUGUGGUGGGGUUCCCCUGAGUCCCAGCUGGGCCAGUGGCAGCAGGGGAGAUGGGAACCUGCAGCGGAAAGCUUCUCAGAAAGAGCUAAGGAAGAGUUUUGCCCGCUCCAAGGCCAUCCACGUGAACAGGACCUACGAUGAACAGGUGACCUCCAGGGCCCAGGAGCCCCUGAGCAGUGUACGGCGGAGGGCGCUUCUCCGGAAGGCCAGCUCUCUGCCCCCAACCACAGCCCACAUUCUCAGUGCGCUGCUGGAAUCGAGGGUGAAUCUGCCUCAGUACCCCCCUACGGCCAUCGACUACAAGUGCCACCUCAAAAAGCACAAUGAGCGUCAGUUCUUCCUGGAACUGGUCAAAGAUAUCUCCAAUGACCUUGAUCUCACCAGCCUCAGCUACAAGAUCCUCAUCUUCGUCUGCCUCAUGGUGGACGCUGACCGCUGCUCUCUCUUCCUGGUGGAAGGGGCAGCUGCUGGCAAGAAGAGCUUGGUCUCCAAAUUCUUUGAUGUGCAUGCAGGAACCCCACUGCUGCCCUGCAGCAGCACAGAGAACUCAAAUGAGGUGCAGGUCCCCUGGGGCAAAGGCAUCAUUGGCUAUGUCGGGGAACAUGGAGAAACGGUCAACAUUCCUGAUGCCUACCAGGAUCGAAGAUUUAAUGAUGAAAUUGACAAGCUAACUGGAUACAAGACAAAAUCAUUAUUGUGCAUGCCUAUCCGAAGCAGUGAUGGUGAGAUUAUUGGUGUGGCCCAAGCGAUAAAUAAGAUUCCUGAAGGUGCUCCAUUUACUGAAGAUGAUGAAAAA